AUGGUGCAUGACAGGGUGGCAAGAGUGGUGGUAGAAUUCUUUCAGGGUUGUUUAGGGUCUCAGCCUGUGGGGUAUAGGGAUUUAACUGCCCAAAUUGGGGAUAUUGUGCAAUUUAGCUGGUUUGAGGAGGGGGUGGAGGCGUUUGGCCACCCAGUGAGUCGGGAUGAGAUUCAGAAGACUUUAUUCUCGAUAAAGUCUAAGAAGGCUCUUGGGCCUGAUGGGUUUUUGGUAGAUUUUUAUAGAGCUACUUGGAGUGUGGUUGGGGAUGAUUUUUGUGAAGUUAAUUCUACUGCUAUUACUCUUAUCCCAAAGUGGCAGGGAGCUGAACGUAUGGAGAAGUUUCGCCCUAUUUCUUGUUGCAAUGUUGUGUAUAAGUGUAUCUUGAGGAUCUUAGCUGAGAGAUUGCGGUUGUGGUUGCCUGCUUUCAUCAGUGAGCUUGUGGAGAGCUAUAAGAAGAGCAGAGGGAAGCCGCGUUGUGUGUUGAAGGUAGACCUUCAGAAGGCAUAUGAUUCUGUCAAUUGGGAUUUUCUGUUUGGUGUGUUGCUAGCUAUCGGUAUGCCUCUUCAGUUUGUUAGUUGGGUAAGGGCUUGUGUUACUUUGCUUAAGUUCUCUGUGAUGAUUAAUGGUUCCCUUGAGGGAUUUUUUUCCUGGUUUCAUGAUCGAUGUAAGCGUGUGGGCCUGACUCAUUUGGUUUUUGUAGACAAUUUGAUGAUUUUCUGUGCAGCUGAGAGAGAUUCUUUGAAGUUUGUGAGGCAGGUCCUGGCAGAUUUUGCAGGAAUGUCUGGGUUAGUUGCUAAUGUUGGGAAAAGUUCCAUGUUUGUUGCGGGUGUGGAGUCUAGGGAGGCGGAGGAACUAGCUGCGUUUAUGGGUUUCUCUAUUGGUUCACUACCUAUUAGUUAUUUAUGGAAGGGUAAUGCGGUGAGUCGGGAUGGUGCACGGAUGUGGGAUAAGGAAGUAGUUUGGAGGCGCGAUUGUCGGAGUUCAUGGAUGGUGAGGGAGGUUGGAGGUGGCCUAUAG